AUGUCUAAGGCCCAGGUGGACCUGACACAGCUGGUGAAGUCAGCUGUAAAUUUCUUGUCUCGUGUAUCAUCGUCCAGGAAUAUGAAAUCAAAGUAUUCUUACAAAAAAAUAGCUCAAGAAUUAGAUAAGAUUGGGGAGCCUCUGUACUCGCUGGACGCACUAGAGAACAUAAAGGGGGCGGGGUGCAAGACAAUUAGGGAAAUACAAGAAUUUAUAAGCAAAAAGAUUGUGAAGAGCAUAAAGACAGAAGAUGACCUUGAGAAAUAUUCGAGUAUCCUUUCGGCAGAUGCACAUGAGGAGGCUAAAAAAAAGCUAGGUUCUGGAAGCAUCGACAGCUGUAGCCCCAAGAAGGAUGUGGAUAGGAAGAGAAGGUAUGUUCCCGGAUAUAGAACAGGGAGUUAUGGAAUAAUGAAGGCACUGUGGAUAAAAGAGGGGAUUACUAAACACGAGAUAGCACAUAUAGGAAAAAACUACUGUGACUCUGAGUUUGACUUUGGUUCUAUGCAUUCUGCUUGGUCUUCUAUGAAAACAUUGGUGAAAAAAGGAAUUGUGUAUAAGGAGGGAAGGUCUAGGUUCUAUCUUACAGAUGAAGGAAGAGAAUUGGCAUCAACCAUGUUUGCAAAUACAUCUGCUAUUGAGGAGGAAUCGGAGGAUGUGACACUUAUAAUAGAUUCUAGAGAAAUAAAAAGCAGAAAAUCUAGAUUGUUUUUUCAAGGGUAUUUUGAAUCCAAGAGGAUUAGGCACGAUACCCGAGUUCUUGAAGUUGGAGAUUUUCUCUGGAUUAGAGGGGAGAAGGUGUGUGGGUUUAUAAUAGAGAGAAAGAAAGGAAGCGACUUUGUAAGUAGCAUAGUAGAUGGAAGAUUCAAGGAGCAGAAGAAUAGGCUAAAGGGCACAGGGAUCAAGAGGAUUUUUUAUGUUGUGGAGGGGUUGAAGAGCAGCCACAUGCAGAGUGUGGGAAAGGGACUUGUCAUGUCGUGCCUAACUGCAACCAAGCUUGAAGGGUUUACUGUUAUAGAGACAAAGGAUAUAAAUCAGACAGGUUCUGUCAUUCAUAUGAUAGAUUGUGAGAUAAGAAAAGGAUAUGAAUCUCGGCCUAAGAUCCCAGAUGGAUUGGAUGAAGAUAGGGAACAUGAAGGAUACCCAAGAACUUGUGAGGACUUUGAAGAGGAGAUGGAAAUGAGCUAUGGGAGUUUUAUUGAUAAAAGCACCAAGGGGAAAGGAAAAACCCUGACGUACCUGCUUUACAUAUCCCUACUUUCGAUUAAAGGAAUAGGCCAUAAAAAGGCCUGGGCAUUAGCUGAGUCUUACAAGACAAUUGGAGAAUUGGUCUGCAGAAUUCAAAAUGGCGGUCUAAAGGAGCUUUAUGGGUUUAAAAUAGAUGGAAAGAGGAUUCCUAGAAAGAAUGCCGACGAUAUAAUAGAGUUUUUCCUGAAGUGA